GUAUUAAUGUAGUCCGUUAAACAAGCUAUGAAUCUAGCAUUACAGCAUUACAAAUGACUCAAAAUUUCGAAUUAAUAAACUUUGCUGAAACAUCGAUAUCCAUACUUACUAUUAGUUCAGCCAAACUUAUCUGAAUGCAUCAAGAACUAAAGAAACAAUAAGAAAUACUCUAGAGCGUUCCAGCAGUUCACAGGAACCUGAAAUGAGAACUGUCAGUGUGUGGAGUUAUUUGUAGGCGUGGAAGUGGUUUUGAAAUGAGUAGGUGCAGUGUUCAGAACAUCGGUGUGGAACGAAACAUAAGCUCUGGUGUGCAACAGGUUGGAGAAGCGAUCAUAAAAAUAGCUGCGUGGAAUUCAACAUGAAACCCGUUUUGAUUGCAGUGUUUUUAAACAUCUUGUCCACAUCUCUUCAGGAAGAAAGUCUGGAUCCUUUAAGUCCAGCUCAUAUUUACAGUGGUGGAGUGAGCAAAGUGAAUGAAGACGAGAGCGUCAUGUUUAAGUGUAAAGCUGAUAAUAUAACAGGAAGCACAAUCCAUAUGUACCUUUUCAAAAAUGGUGAGAGAGUCAAAAUGGAGGCUUCAAUAGAUGAUACAAUAUUUUACAUGACCAAUGUCACUGCAGAAGAUUCUGGAUUGUACACAUGCCUUUACUCUGAAAAGAAACUUGGUGUCAGUAAGACCACUGCAACAGGACACAACUCCGUCUCACUCCAGGUUUUGGGCAAAAUAUUACCGGCGAAGAUUAAAAGAACAGAAAUGACAAUAAAAACAGAAGAGACCUUGACACUGACCUGCACCUUUACAAAAAUUCAAAGCUGUACUCAAGUCUACGUUUAUCUCUGUUUCAACGGGAUCGGAAAUAGAAAGAAGCAGGUUUACUGUAGCGAUAUGACCACUUCCACAACGUUUCUCCUUAGUAACGUUUCAGAAAAAAGCUCUGGCAACUACAGCUGUGUGUAUUCAGUGUCUAACUACAAUCUCAGUGAGGUGAACAAUACAGGAGAAAACACCAUCUUUGUUCACAUCCAUGAAAAAGACGACGUUGAUGCUGUGAGUGUAAUAAUUAGUGUUUCGGUUGCUGCAAUAGUGGUUCUGUUGGUUCUGUUGGUGCUGUUGAGAUUCUGCUGGUACCGCGACAUUAUUUCAUUCAGGGCGUGCCAAGAUCCUGCUGUAAGAAACCCUCCAAACAUUGAGCCUUUCUACUAUGAGAUCACGGCAGGAACGCUCUACAUGGAUGAAAACGGAGAGCUAAGUUUUGGUAUAAAGUCUUGUGGAAGUCCAGAGGAAGUUCUGGAGGACAGCGUGAAUGUUCCAUACGCCACCGUACAAAUGCUUGGAGGUGAACAAGCUGUGGACAAAAACGCAACACUAAAUAGAGAGGGAGUCUAUUAUGACAGUAUAAGGGCACCAUACGCUACAGUGCAGAGACGUAAAGACAAAACAGGGGACGAGCAAGUAAUGCAAAGCUUCAGCAGUAAAACCAGUGUGAUUUACAGCAACGUGAACCCCUGAGGUACAUGAGACCAACAACAAAAACCACACAGAACAUCGAACUGCCUAAACUGACUAAACUAACAGCCUUUUAUAGUGAAAGCCUCUUUAUAGUGAAAUUGAUUGUUUUUCUUUUCUUCUCUUUUUUCUUUCUUUUUUUUUUUUUUUACUAUUAUUUGUUUACUGUACUGUUCACUACUGUUUGUAGUGUUUUGUACUGUUCUUUUUACCAAAAGAAAAGACGGAACAAGAUUGAUUGAUUGCUGUACAUAAUCACAGGUCAAACCAGCAAAAUGAGAUGGUUAUAUAAAUAAGUAUAUAAAUAUAUAAAUAAAUAAAACUAAUAAAACUAAUAAAUAACACACAUAAUUUCUUACGUGUAAUGUAUUCUGUGAUUUUCAUGAUUUUAUCAUGUAUUUAAUGUAUUUGUGACUAUUUAUAUAAUGACAUAAUGACACUUAUUAAAACAUAACACUGUGAUAUGAUUGCAGAAUUAGAGGAAUAAGCAUCUUGGGUGAUGUAUUUUUGUGUAUUUAUACUAAAUUAUGUAUGAAUGUUUGUACAAAUAUCAAAAUAAACAGUUAAAUGUA